UUGAGAAAAGAAUAAGUCCUCAGACCAAACACGCCAUAAAUCAACUAGUUUGAUGUUGAUAUCUUUUUUAAUCAGCCCCAUUCACCCUUGAUCACCAUUCACCAUUGCCCUGCAGCUAUUGCAUCUAUAAGAGCUCAUGUAUCUCGCCAUGGGCCACAAACUAAAAGAACUAGAGCAGAUUGAUAGGCCAGCCAGGCAUCCAGCAUGACAGGGUUUCUAGUGAGCGCUGCAACAGGGCCAAUGAACUCACUCCUCUGCAAGCUGGUCACGCUGCUCGGCGACGAGUACAAGCUACUCAAGGGGAUCCGCAAGGAGAUCAGGGCCCUGCGGGACGAGCUGAGCAGCAUGAACGCCCUCCUGCGCAGGCUCUCGGACGCCGGCGACGGCGAGCUCGACGUCCAGCGGAAGGAGUGGCGGAACAAGGUGCGCGAGCUGGCCUACGAUGCAGAAGACUGCAUCGACGUCUUCAUGCACCAGCUCCGUCGUCCUGGCGGCGGCGGUAGCGACGCCAACAAGGCCGGACUGGUCCGCAAGCUCACAGCGAAGAUCAAGAAGCUACGCCGGGCCCGCCGGAUCGCCGUCCAGAUCCAGGAGCUCAAGUCCCGCGUCGUGGAGGAGAGCGGCCGGCGCGACCGGUACAAGCUGGACGACGUCCCCGUUCCCGGCAAGAACAGGCGGGUGGAGAUCGACCCCCGGCUGCCUGCGAUGUACUCCGAAGCCAAAAGCCUCGUCGGCAUCGACGGGCCCCGGGACAAGAUCGUCCACCGGCUAACGGGUCAGGAGCAGGGGGAGCAGCUCACGGUCGUCUCGAUCGUUGGGUUCGGAGGCGUCGGCAAGACGACGCUUGCGAACCAGGUGUACUGCAAGAUCAAGGGCUCGUUCGAGUGCACGGCGUUCGUAUCCGUGUCCCAGAGUCCUGACCUGUCGAGGGUUCUGAGCGACAUGCUGUCUCAGCUUGGGUGCUCUAGGGUGAAGAACCUGAAUGAUCUGCAACAGCUUGUAGAGAAGAUCCGGGAACGCCUCUCCAACAAAAGGUACCUUCGGACUCGGAUCAGAACCACAAUGUGAGAAGAACGAACAAUACGAAGGUUAACGCAGCGCCGAAGCUACGCGCAAGGAAGCUUCGGCACGACAGCAGGAAAGGGAACCGACUUAAAGGGGAAAAGGCUAUUUAGACCUCGAUGGAUUAUCUUAGGACCAUUAGCAAAUGUAAAGGGCAUGGAUGUAAUUUCACAUGGGCUGCGUCCCGUGCCUAUAAAUAGAUGAACAGUGUCCCCGUACUGUUCACGCUGACUUGACAUUUGCUUUUGCGUCACGCUUGUAUCUUUGUUUUCUGUCAAGCCGAAGGUACCAAAUGUUAUUCAAUAUUGUCCUUAUAUUAACUUACAAUUAUAUACUGAGAAA